AUUCUGAGCCUUGUACUGCAUUAGUAGUAAGGAAGAGUAUUAAUGGAUCCAUCUAUGGCCAUUGCUCUUGGCUUACUGCUCUGUAUCUCAUGUCUGCUUCUCAUUUUACCAUGGAAAAAGGGCUUUGGAAGAGGAAAGCUUCCACCUGGUCCUGUUUCUCUUCCCAUUAUUGGCAAUAUACUGCAGCUGGACAUAAAGAAUAUCCCAGAAUCUCUUUGCAUGCUAGCUAAAGAAUAUGGCCCCGUGUUCACUCUGCAAUUGGGUGUUGAGCGUGUUGUCGUGUUACAUGGGUACAAGGCAGUGAAAGAAGCACUGAUUGAUCAAGGGGACACAUUUGCUGACAGAGGACCUAUGCCAGUUUUUGAAUUCGCUAACAAUGGAUUAGGACUUACUGUACUCAAUGGAGAGAGAUGGAAGCAAAUGCGUCACUUCUGUCUCAUGACCCUGAGGAAUUUGGGGAUGGGGAAGAGGAGCAUUGAAGAGCGAGUCCAAGAAGAGGCGAAGUACCUUGUGGAGGAGUUAAAAAGAACAAAAGGAUUACCAUGUGACCCCACAUUCAUCCUUGGGUGUGCUCCUUGCAAUGUCAUCUGUUCUAUUAUUUUCCAAAAACAUUUUGGAUAUAAAGACCAGAAAUUUUCAUAUUUGAUGAACAUUUUAGAAGAAAAUGUCAAGAUUUUAAGUUCCCCAUGGAGUCAGGUCUACAAUUCUUUUCCAUCUUUAGUACAUUAUCUCCCUGGAUCUCAUCACAAAUUAUUUAAAAAUUUCCAUUCACUACAUGAAUUUAUUUUGGAAGAGGUGAAGGAACACCAAAGGACACUGAACCCCAGUGAUCCUCGGGACUUCAUUGACUAUUUCCUGGCAAAAAUGGAGCAGGAAAACCAACAACCACAGUGUGAUUUUACCAUUGAAAACUUGGUCAGUACUGCAGCUGGUCUAUUUAUGGCAGGAACAGAGUCAACAAGCAUCACCCUGAGAUAUGGACUCCUGAUUCUCCUGAAACACCCUGAGAUAACAGGAAAAAUUCAUGAAGAAAUUGAUCAUGUGAUUGGCCGAAACCGAAGUCCCUGCAUGGAGGACAGAAACAAGAUGCCUUAUACCAAUGCUGUGAUAUACGAGAUACAGCGAUACCUUGACCUUACUCCCACCAGCCUGCCCCAUGCAGUAUCAGAAGAUGUUCAAUUUAGACAAUAUCUUAUCCCCAAGGGUACCAUCAUAAUACCAGUACUGUCUUCUGUUCUGUAUGAUGAGGAAGAGUUCCCCAAUCCAAAGCAGUUUGACCCAGGUCACUUCCUGGAUGAAAGUGGCAAGUUUAAGAAGAGUGACUAUUUCAUGCCCUUUUCAGCAGGAAAACGGAUAUGUCUUGGUGAGAGCCUGGCUCGGAUGGAAUUAUUUCUGUUUUUUACUACCAUCUUACAGAAUUUUACCUUGAAAUCUCCCAUUGACCCAGAAGAUAUUGACACCUCUGCAGUUGCCAGUGGACUUAGCAAAGUACCCCCCUCCUAUGAGCUUUGCUUUCUACCAUUCUAAAACAUGUGAAGGGCUCUGCCUGAUUCCAACUCUACUAGAGUCUCUUCAUAUGCUAUGAACAAUGUGUAUUCAUUCCAUUGCCUAGGAAUGAAAGCCCUCUAUGAUUUCAGCCCAAUAUGCCCUUCUAACUUAAUCUAAUACUCCCUUUGACUUUUGCCAAAAUCAUGACUUAAUUUUCCCCAACAUUCCCCAGAAAUUCACUAUUCCUGGAAUAUUUCUUCUCUUCUCUUCUCUUCAACUCCACCGAUUGUAAUCCUAUCCACCUUUCAAAUCAUAAUUAGGUGCCACUUCCUUGUGACCUCUUUAGUACUUGCCAUCUGCACUACACAAUUUAACACUGAAUUAUAUACCCAUCUUAUGCUGUGCAUUCUUUCAGACAUGUUAGUUGAUCUUGUCUUGUGCUCCUCACUAGAUCUUAAGCUUUUUAUUAGUAGGGCCUUUCUCCUAUACUAGUGUACAGUUAUCUACCACCAGUGGAUUAGAAGCCUUUUUCUUCUCUUUAAAUGUUUCAGGUCAUACAUUUAAACACAUACACAUACCCUACUCUGAUGGCAGCUUAAAAGUUCACAAUAUGAUGGCAGGAGAUAGUACUUUGGGCAGAGUGUAG